AGUGAGGAAUCAGAAACUUUCGUUCCCUCGCGCAGUUCAAAACUCCAUCUCUCUAUUUGUUCACAAUGGUUUUGAAACUCUACGGAUUCACUACCUCAAUAUGCACACUCCGUGUCGCAGUGGUGUUGAAGGAAAAGAAUGUAUCAUUCGAGUUCAUUCCCGUUGAUAUACUCAAGAGUGCACAUAAGGCCCCCGAAUUUACCGCCUACCAGCCUUUCGGCCAGGUUCCUUACAUUGAUGACGAUGGUUUGAUUCUUUAUGAAUCGAGGGCGAUCUGCCGGUAUAUUGCCGCGAAGUACGCUUCGCAGGGAACUCCUCUCCUCCCCAGCGAUCCCACCGCCAUCGCGCUCUUUGAGCAAGCUGCGUCAAUUGAAGCAUCUAACUAUGAUCCUUUUGUCUCUGGUUUGGCAUGGGAGUUGAAGUUCACCAAGUUGUUUGGUGGGAAGACUGACGAAGCCCGUGUUAAAUCACUACAAGGCCAGCUUUCUGCUAAACUUGAUGCUUACGAUGUCAUCCUUGGCAAACAGAAAUACCUGGCUGGAAAUGAUAUCACUCUGGCUGAUCUGUUCCACCUGCCAUACGGUGCCGUCAUUCUGGAUAUUGGGCUCGACAAAUUCAGCAGCCGCCCUAAUGUCGCCAGAUGGUGGAAAGAUAUUUCAUCCAGGGCAUCCUGGAAAACAGUGAAGGGAGGUAUCCAUCAGGGAAACGCAAUUCAUUACAGAGUGCUACAGAGCGCUCUGUAGCAUUCUGUAGCACAAUCCAACCUGCUGAUGAGUCUGAUCGUCGGAGAAAACAACCAGUAGAUUUAGAAUCAUUGAAUCUACAAUGUGUCGUGUCAGA